AUGCAUCUGGUCUCUUUCUUACUCCCUUUUCUGCUUCAGCUGCAUUUGCAGAGUGUGGCCUCUCCCAUCUCGAAACACCUCGAGAGAGGGUCCAGGCUUUCGCUCUGUAGUGACGAGGACGAUAUCGCCGAAACCAACGAUGCCCCCACGGGCAAUAACCCGCCUGGAAUCGGCGUUGAGUUUGAGACCGCCACAAUCACACUAAAAUCAGAAGACUGUUCCGAAAAGAACGUUCUUGCGGCUAAGAGCAAGACGAUCAAUGGCCGAAAGGGGAAGAAUUGGGCUCUCACUGCCGACAUUUUGUCCGAGGGCACUCUCGAUGCUGAAUAUGUCCUGGACGGUAAAUCGAUCAAGUUGAAUUCAGGCAGCGCCAAGGAGGCGGCCGAAGCUGUUGCAAAAGAUAUCAACGACUGGGACCCUCACGAGGACGGGAAGGAAGUGACCAUCGACAACAACCCCUGCACAUGGAAGAUUUCCGGGCCAAAGGAGAAAAAAGGAGGUCACAGCUACACCUGGGCUCCCCAAGUCACGGCUCCACUGCCUCUUGCUGGCCUGUACGACCUCUUGGGCAAAUACGUCGCAAAGACGCAUUCAGCUCUUCUGCCAAAUAGGAGACAGAAGCCUAUGAUUCACGUUACCAAGGACUUCUUCCAGUCCAAGCCCAAUGGACUGGACUCGGGAUCAGUUGAGGAUGAUGUGCUAGGCUUCUUCUCGCUGAUCAUGUCGUUCGCAAAGGCGUCGUCGGCUAACCCCAAUGAACCUAUCGAGGAAGACGAAAGUCUGAAGGAACUCACCGUUAUCAUGCCUCGCACCGACUUUACCUCCAUCUAUCACAGCGUUAAGAGUUCCAUCCCUGGCGAUCUUUAUCCCAUUGUAAAGACCUUGGCCUGCUACAAGAAUAACGGCGAUGACGUAGAGCUGGACACCGACUUUUGUUCUGGAACUGUCGAGGAUCCGAGCCCCAAUGGCAAUAUGGACAAGCAGCGAUUUGCCGUUUUCCCAGCGGGUGGCGAUUACGAGGAAGUCAAAGUCGAGAAGUGGAUUAAGAGUAUGCAGAACGGCCCCGCUCCAGAUGCUCUCACCAAACUUGACAAGAAGAUGGACUCGGCAAUUGGCGGGGUGGGCGAUUCCAUGGAAAAUAUCUUGGGCUCAGACACGCUCGUCCCUCUCUUUGAAUUCCGUCGGCUCAGGAGAACCAAGACCGACGACUUGCCGGCGUUUGUCUCGGAAGCUGAGGAAGAGAUUGUCAAAUAUCACAAGUCGGCAAAGUAG